AAAACAACCCCAAACAAGAAACAAGGAAAUAUCAAGCAGAUAACUUAAGUUAAUGAUUGUUCAUUUUUCCCUCAAACUCAGCACAAAGUUUCUAGAUAUUGAAUAUUUUGCGCUUUGAGUGACAAGUACAAAAAAUUAAUCGAUUCAAAUUUAAUUCAUUUUGACAGCUCAACAACUGUUCAUCUUUCAAAAAAUGAAAAACAAUCAUGUUCAAGAUAAAUACUUCUCGGAUAUCUAAAUCAAGUGUUUAAUAUUGCAGAAUACAUAUAUGAAAUACGUAAACCCUCAGAUGUAUAAAUCGAGAGGGAGGGUUUAUUACCAAAGCAAAAAUCAAGAAUGGUAAUAUAAAUUUCCUUCAUCUUAUUUUAUUUUUGGGCAUGCUGAAGUCACAUUUCAAUGUAAUUUCCUCAAUAUGAAGAGCUAAUAAAAUAAUUGAAUUAUUGGAAAUCUAUUUUUUUUAGACAAAGAAAUCUAUUUUUUAUAAAACACGCACAAAUGAAUAAUUGAAAAUGCAUGCAUGUCAAUCAUAUUGACUUCUCUCACACCCAUAGCUUUUGAGACAAACUGAAAUAUUAUAAAUUAAAGUUCCUUUAUAUAAUUCAAUAAUAAUAAUAAUAAUAAUAAUAAUAAUAAUAAUAAUUGAUAGGUGAGUCCAAAUCCAAGUCUCUUAUUAAAAGGCCACAAAUCCAACUACUCCUCCAUAAACUCAAAAGCUCAAUCUUAAAAAGCAAGUAAGAGAUAAUAACACACUAACGAGAGAAAAUGGGAAGAGCUCCAUGUUGCGACAAGACAAAAGUGAAGAGAGGGCCUUGGUCUCCUGAGGAAGAUGCUAAGCUCAGAGAUUACAUUGAGAAGUAUGGUAAUGGUGGAAAUUGGAUCUCUCUUCCUCUCAAAGCUGGUUUGAGGAGAUGUGGGAAGAGUUGUAGAUUGAGGUGGCUAAACUAUUUAAGACCAAACAUAAAACAUGGCGACUUCUCUGAAGAAGAAGACAGGAUCAUUUUCAGCCUCUUUGCUGCCAUCGGAAGCAGAUGGUCAAUAAUAGCAGCUCAUCUACCGGGAAGAACAGACAACGACAUCAAAAACUAUUGGAACACAAAGCUAAGGAAGAAAAUCAUGUCUUCUUCUUCCUCCUCUUCCUCUCACUCAUCAGCUGCCAUGGCUACUCCUUUUCUAAACCCUAAUUCUCAUGAUGUGAAAAGACCAAUAACCCCAUCAGCAACUAUUGCACCUUUUUCCUACAAUCCGUAUGUUGAAAACUCAACAACAUCUCUCAUCUCCAACAUCAAUGGCUUCGAAGCUGAUGAUCAACAGAUCUUCCCCUUUUUUAACCCUAAUUAUCCUCACGAUUUCUCUCUCGAGGACAUGAGCAGCAAUAACAACAACAACAUUUCAGGCACAAGUGGUUUCUUGCUCAACCACAGUAUGUGUGAUCAUUACAGCAACCACACCAAUUUCUCCUCAGAUGUCAAUGGAAAGCGAUCAGAGAUUAUGAUGAAGCAAGAAGAGAUGAUGAUGAUAGACCACCACAUUGACCAGAUGACAAAAGGGUACAAUGGCGAUUUCACACAAGGGUAUUACAAUAACGACAUUAAUGGACAUGGGGAUUUGAAGCAAAUGAUUAGUGGAACUGGCACUAAUUCUAACAUAAACAUGGGUGGUUCAGGUUCAGGCUCAGCUUCAUCUUCUAGUUUCAUAAGCAACCUAGCUGAGAACAAAACCAGUAGUAGCCUCCUAAAACACAAGUGCUUGCCCUAUUUCUACUCCUAGUUCUUCUAGACUCUCUUGUUUUCUUAUAUAAAUAUAUAUUGGACUGACUGUUAGUAAAAUCAAAGAUUUGAUAGGGUAUGCGAGGAGAGAGAAUGAGAGAGACACUGAUCAGUUUUAUGGGAUUUGUGUUUUUUUUUUUUAACAUCGAUGUUGGAAAGAUUUCUAGUUAAGAAGAGACGAUGGGAGAUUUGAUUCCAUGAAACCCCAAAGGAUAUAUUUAUGGUUGAAGAGUAGAUCUUCUGUUUUUCCGUCGUGAAGAGUAAGAUCAUAUCAGCUUUUAGCUAGAACUUACAAACUUACAACAAAGCAUAAGAUAUACCUUUUUAACAAAAAAGAAAUUGAAGUAUAUGAUAUAUACAGCAUUGUUAUUGUUACUAACAUUCCAUCAGACUAUUACUAUUGUAAGUAUAUGCUUUAAAUAGUACAUAAUACGUUAAAGAUAAACUCUUGCAAAACAAGUGUCGGUUUGGAAUUUGUAUCUAGAGAUGGUGAAGCCUCUGGGCUGAGGCAUCCAAAGCGUUCACCGAAUAUAAUGUGUAGUGGUGGAAAAAUAAUUCUAUUAAUGUUUCCUUGAUCAUUUUUACAAAAAAUGGAUAGAGUUACUGAUUUGUUCAUGGUGAUAUAUAGUUUUAUUAAGCUUACAAAAAAAAAAAGAUAUAUAAUUUUAUUAGUUGUGAAAUGUAUCCAUUUUUUUCUUUUGGUCAAGUGAAAUAUAUCCAUCUGUAUUGUUGUUUUAGUUUUGAAAUAUAUAUGACCCAAAAUUAAUUCAAAGUCAGGGCACUAUUUCUGAAGAUUUGUUUCUUCCAAAUCUCAUGAGUUCCACUCUACAGAGUAUAUUUCUCAAAAAAAAAUCUCAUGAGUUCCUUUCUGCAGAGAUAAAUUUUGAUAUGGAACCAUUUGUAAGAAAUAUUAUUUCCACUAGACUAUCUGUUCAUUAUAAAGAGUACAUACUACAGUAUAUAUAUAUAUAUAUAUUCAUAUAUUUACAUAAAGAGUAUAUACUAGACUAUCUGCCAAAAAAUAAUAUAUAUGUAUAUCUGCCAAUAUAUUGGCAUACACAAUGGAUAUGUUGUCUUUUUCUACGUUUAGACUAUCUUUAAUGCAUUUUAUUAUUUUCACUUUUAAAAUUGAAAAACUCUAUUAUAGAGAUGAGAUAUGCUCUAAUAUAUUUUUUUUUAAAAUAACAAUUUUUAAAUAUAGAUAAAAAUAAUAAAGAAAUGAUAUUAAUAUAAAAAAUCUCUAUUAUAGAGGAAGAAAUAGAGGUGAGUUGGAACAGUUUUACCUGUAAAUAUUAUUAUAGAAGUGAAAAAUAAAUGUUAUUAUAGAAGUGAAAAUAACAAUGGGACAGAGACACUCUUAUACUAUGAUUUAAGACCUGUAUUAGAAGCAGUGUUUUAAAACAUUUAACAAAAAGCAAUAUUAAUAGCAGUGUUCUAGUUGCGAUUGACGGCUCCACCGCUUUCCGGAGAGCUAGAGACUUUGUCUUACCGGAAGUGAAGCUUCGAUUCUUGAAAUCAAAAGGUAAGUUUUAGGAGGAUCUUGUAAACGAUGGUUAGCCAGAAGCAUUUCUGUUAAAUUUUGCGCUUUAUAUGUGUAAAGUUUUAACCGGUUAUGUCUGUAAGCUCCAAGUUCUUCUCUAUGGAUUCUUUGUUAUUUUAUGGUUGGUAAAUUUUUAUGGCUUUAAAUUUGGUAAUAGUGUAGUCUCUUGGAAAUUUUGUCUUCCGCCAGCUUUGAUUCCGAGGAUGUACCUUCUUUCUGCCGGUUAUGUAAAUGUUUCUGUAUCGUUAAUAUUUCAAUGAAAUAUUUUAGAUGACCAAAAAAAGCAAUAAUAAUUGCAAUGUUUCAAAUUUUGAUUCUAUUAACAUGUAUACACAUUUAUCACUAAUUUAUUCAUUUUUGAUAGCCUUUUAGACUUGGAUUAUAGUAUUAAUGUUGUAAAUAUAUUAAAAAUUAUUCUUUUGUUUCUUCAUUUAUAGUUGAAAUUUGUCAAAUGUUUCAAUUUUGAUAUUAUUAAUACAGCGCGUGUGAGUAAAUUGAGCGACAUAUUAUUUAUAUAGACGUAAGGAUUGUGUAUAAAGUCAUCACCUUUGGUCAGUGUCUGAAACGGCUAACUGAUUGAUGGAAAUACAUAUACUGUUUAUUUAUUUCAGAGGACAUUUAUACCCCCUAUAGAAGGUUUUGGACUCUUUGGUUUAUCUUUUCCUUCAGCUAAU